AUGCGCAUCGAGUGGUCAGCGAACAAACUGUGGGACCAUAGCAUGUGGGUGCAUGCGGCGGUGGAAAACCUCCUCUUUGCUUGCCAAGUGUCCAAUUUCUUGUCAAAGGGUUUCUUCCCAGAGCUGGGACCAGCCAUGGGAGUGGGCAGCGCCUUUGAUUGCUGGAGUCCCCAGGAAGACGAGCCUGUCUACCGUUUGCUGGUGCCCCUGAAGCCCCCCCGUGGCCACACCUUCUGCCCGGAGCCAGGCACUGUGGCAAACGAGUCCCGCAUCCGUGUGGAGCUGGAGUGCACAUGCACUGCUCAGGAGAUGGUGGGGCGCAUGCUGUGCUUCCUUCACAACUGCAAGGAGCAGCUCAGGGAGAAGCAGAAGCCCAGCCUCCUGCACACCCUCUGCACCGGCUCCUAUCUAGAUGCGCAGAAAACUGCUCUCUGGUUCCAGGAUUUGGUGAGGGAAAACAAGGCAAUCUUGCGUCUGUUACGUUCACGUUACUGCCUUCUGACUGUGCUGCCCUCCAGACGCUCCUGCAAAGUGGCAAUUCAACAUAUCUCUGGGAUAACCAUGCUCGUAGAGAUGAGCUUUGUCGUGCAGCUGGGCAACUCAGACAUCUUCAUGAGCAGCCAGGCGAGAGAGGAUGUCUUCAGCCCAAGCACAACAUGGACGUUGACAUGUGCCUGGGCAGAGACAAAGUACUUGUGGCUGAUGUUUGAACAGAUGCCAGACAACAGCUUGCUCAGCUGCCUGCAUCUCUGCACCCGCAUAGUGGCGGGCACAGGCUUUUCCAGCUACGUCUUGAAGACGGUGGUGAUGCACCUCCUGAGCACCACACCCCUGUCAGGCUGGCGCAGGACACAUUUCCUGCUGCGGCUGGGUGACAUCAUGAGGUACCUGCGCCGCUGCUUGGAGAAGAAACAGCUCAACCACUUCUUCUUUGGGAAUGAGCAGAUUCCUGAGGAGAUCGUCUUGCCCCCAGCCUUGGAAAGAGCCAAGCCGUUCAACCUCUUCCAGCAUCUGGCGCAGGAUCCGGCUGCCCACGAGCAGGCAAUGCGUGAGUUCGAGGAGCUGCAACAUCGGCUUACAGCACAGCUCUUCUUCUAGGGGCACUGAAAGUGGUCUUCAUGCAGAGAGCCGUGUUUGCAGGGUUCACAGAUGAGGACCACCUCAUGCAGGAGGGAGGUGAAGGACAGAGUGCAGGACGCUGCAAGGAAAGGAAGAACCUCGUGCAGUGGACCUCUGCCAAGAGCGGCAGCAUUCUCUUCUGGAUGGUUUUGAGAUUGCAGCCGUUGUCGACUACAGUGGCGACAAGGAUGUCUUUCCCCGUGCUUCCUUCUCUCACCGGCUGCGGCCAGAAUGGCAUUUCACAUGGGCCAAAGUCUUGGUGGCAGCUCCAGCUCUGCAGGCACCAAGCGAGAGGCACCGCUGAUGUGCCCCUGUGUGUUCACUGGGGUCUGGACAGAGAAUCUAGGCAUGCUGGGCCCUCUUUGGGGAGCUGGUACCCCAGAAUUCAGCACACUGGGCACGGAGAACACGCUGCUCUAUUGGCAGUGGGAAUUCCUGCCUCAACUUUCCUCAACAGCAAAAGCACGCUCUGGGGAGUGGGACCCACAUGCAGCUGAAGAGCCCAUGGGAAAGGAUCCUGGCAACAGAGACUCCUGUUGCUACAUGGACAGUGAGCUCCCUUCCUCUUUGAGAGGGUCCAUUCCCUCUGGGAGCUUUCUCUUGUGCAAAGAUGCCAAUAAAUCUCUCAUGUUACACCCAAAGAAACACAGCUGUUGUGAGGGUGUGGGCAGUGGGAAGGGCUCUACUUGUUGGUCAGGCUAAUGGGGGAUGUGCUUCAUGGU